AUGCUUUAUGAACUCGUUAGUAUCGCUCGUGUUACAAACCCACUAGCUGUCCAUGCAGAGGCUAAACAGCUGGCGACUACUAUUGGCAAGCUGGUUAUAGAAAACCGUGGCGUUGUCCGGAAGAUUAUUCCAAUCGGCAACAAACUUCUACCAAGAAUACAGAAGAAGGACCAGGAGCGACAUUUCCAGGGCUACCAUUUUCUGAUGCUUUUUGACUCCUCUGCACCUGUUCAGUCAGAAAUAUUAAGGACGCUGAGAAGUGAUCCGCGAGUGCUGAGGGCAUCGAUCAUGAAGGUGGAUACUUCAAAAAAACUGGACGCUGUGUCGUCCCUUGAGCGGGCAGCUGGUUACGGUUCGAUUCCUGAGAAGGCCAAGGGUGGUAUUUCAUUCUGA